GAUGAUACUCGUCUUCGAAUCCUCUCAAUGAAAGUCUUGGGCUAGUCUUGGGCUAUGCUUGACACAAUAUGAUAAUGUUACACUCUUCAUCUUCUCCCUCCAAUCAAGUAUAAACCAUUGGAUAUGAGUUUCUCAUAACCCCGCCUGAGGUCAGAUACCCUUGUAGAUGCAUCGAAUCCCAGAUAUUGUCCUUCUCCAACCUUCUACCUGCAGCCUCACCCACCCCCCCAAAGAGUUCACCACAAACAAACAACUUUCAUUUCCAACAUAGCUACAAAGCUCCUUUUCAAUGUUGAGUUCUUUCACAAACGUAUACGGCUCCUUUCCCGAUAUCCAAGCUCGUAUAAAUAGCAUGGCGGGCACUCGAGCAAGCGGGAUGGGAAUGUCAGGCUCUGGAGUACGAUUACAGAGCCUGAGCGAUUUUGAACGAGAGCAGGAGGAGUUGCAAGCCCAGAUUGACCAAGAUCAUUACAAUGCACAACCCACAGGAUCUCGUACUGGCUUACCAGCCGCCAGCAGACCUAGGAAUAUGCCAGAUGUAACUGGUAUUCUACUUGAAGAUCAGGCGUUGCAAGAAAUGGGCAACACAAACUGGAUAGGAAGACUGUUGGAAUAUCACCAAGCCAAAGCCAUCACUCCACUGCCAGUGUACACAGAUAUCCAGGUCUCUGAACAGCGAUUUAGAUUUUCCGUAACCAUCAGAGAAAAGACGGAGCCUGUCACCACUCUAGCAUCCUUUAGCAACAAAAAAGACGCCAAACAAUUCAUCUCCAAACUCGCCAUCGAUUGGCUUAUCUCACAGAACCUCAUGCCCCCUACCGGCGCCGUCAGAUUUCCCAACGCAGCAAGUCCAUCUCCAAAUCCCAAUGUCCGCGAGAGAAGCACCUCUCCAACACCCUACCCCAGUCUCGUCCCCGGGCUCUGCAUCGCCCUCGGCUUCAACCCUCCUGCCUAUAGACUCACGCUCAUGGCAGAAGGCACUGCAUUUUAUGAAAUCUAUGCAGAUUUUGGAUCGGAUGCCCGGAUCAACGGCCCCGUAGGGAGGCUCACAAACAUUUACGGCAAGAAGAAAGCCAAAGAGGCUUGCGCAAAAGAAGUCUUUAGGUUUUUAAAGACGAUUGAAAGAUCGAGGGUAGCAGACAUUGCUGCUCAGCAGGGAGAGGAGAGGAGGAACGAGGAGGAGCCUCAACCUCAUCAUCAUCAUCAUCAUCAUCAUCAUCACGAGGACUCGGAUUUGAAUGUGGAUAGUCAAUAUAGUGUCGUGCCUGGGAUUUAAGUAGCGGUUGGUUGGGUCUGCUGUCGAAUCAUGGAAUGUGAUGAAAUGUAAUGGACUGAAAUACUGUGCAGAUCAUUUUAACGAAUUUCCUAGGAUAGGUUUGGAAUUAAUGUCGUGUUACUUUGUGGGAUGUUACAUAUUACCUAUCUAGUACGGACUUGUUCGGGUGGAAUACAAUUCUCAAAAUUUCAAGACGUUUUUUUUCCCCUUUAUGCUUUUUUUUAUCCUCCUCUUUUCUUUUCUUUUCUUUUCUUACCUUGCCUUGCCUUGCCUACCACUUCCUUCCAAGGUUAUUUGUUUUCAUCGCAUCUCCCUCUCCCUCUCCCUCCCAUCAAUCUCAAACCACAAACUAUCUACA